AUGAAACGGAAACAAUAUGGACCCCAAACUCUUCCCAUCCUCUUUUUCCGGGCAGUCGAUGCUGUUUUGUCGAUUCCCGGUUACACGUUCGCAAAGGCGGUCCCUUGGAGGGAUACAGGAAGCAUGACCCUUCUUGCUGAGGGCAGCAGCUUAAAGGAUAGCUCAAGCGUACUGGCGAAAAUAGCCCCUGCUCAUUCCAAUGCCUCAAUGUGUCUCGAGAGAGAAGCUCACAAUCUUGGACGCCUGGCCGAAUUGAAAGAGAACUACAGUCCUGCUCUGAGAAUGAUAAAAUUGCUCAAUAUAUCUCGUGACCACGGAGAUGUUGUCGUAUUGCUACUCGUCCAUCCUGGGCUAAAUGUCCUUGGUCGCUAUCUGCCGCCUUCCAAAGUGAAUGAUCUAUUGUUGGCGGACGUUUCUCGAUCGAGACCAUUUUCUUCGCAUGGCGAUGUUUAUAUGAUGGACAUCGAUGAAACAGAUAUUGCGGAAGAGAUGGAGGCAUUUGAUAUAAUGGAUUUGGCUACCUUUCUUGAGUUCGCUAUCCAAGCCACCCUUUGCUUGGAAAUGACCCACAAGGCUGGAAUCAUACAUCGCGAAAUCCGUGCUAACGCAUUCCACCUCAACGCACAUUCUGGUGUGGUACGGUUUGCUCACUUCGGGAACAGAGCCGUAUCCUUAGAGGAUUAUGGCUCCCCUUCCAACUUCGUCUUACAAACAUCUGAAGAAAUUCAGCUCUUGAAAGUUAAAGAAGCCUUGUGUUAUUUAGCACCAGAGCAGACCGGGAGUGUCGAGACCAUGGCUCAAGAUCAUAGAACGGAUUUAUAUUCCAUAGGGAUACUGUUCUGGACUUUAUUGGUAGGACGUGGACAGAUGCCGUUCGAAGGUGGGGCUCUGGAGCUCCUCCAUUCCAUUGUUCAAAAGAGACCAAUGCCGGUUCACGAAGUACGGAGGGACGUACCCCAAGUCUUAGCAGCCAUUGUUGAUAAGCUGUUAUCCAAGCACCCGGACACUCGGUAUCAAAGCGCUUACGGUUUGAAAGCUGAUUUGCUUGAAUGUCAAAGACGAUUAUUAGUGACAGUGACCUCAGUGACUGAUGAGUCUGUCGAGCUGAUACCUUCCUUCGAAAUUGCUCUUCAAGAUAAGUUUACGGAAUUCACGCUACCGCUUGCCCUCUUUGGACGUGAAAAAGAGCUCGAGUUGAUUCGGAACGUUGUUCGACAUACGAACACUAGUUUUUGCAGACAGUUUUCCGAAUCAGAGGGUUAUGUUCCUAUAUCAUCCUCCGGUAGCCAGGAAACUGGAACCGGAACUGGAACUGGAGGAGGUGAAGACCAUACCGAUUCUCAGUCUUCGUCUUCCCGAAGUGGUUCUACGUCAGGCAAUGGUCAUAUGGCUGUUGACGGACGGAGAGGUUCGGUUGGCGACUCCAACAAUCAGGACCUUACAAUGAGCGUCAGCCCAUCAGUUCAAACCAGUGACACCCUCAGAAGGGCGGCUCUUCGACCUAGGCCAAAGGCGACACGACCUCAAGUAAUUGUGGUUACCGGUCCUCCAGGUGUUGGAAAGAGUUCUAUGAUUCUAAUUAACCAGGCGAAAUGGAGAUCUCAUGGACUUUGGGGUCAAGCUAAAUUUCACAGCGGUGAUUCCGCUCCGUUUGCCUCCUUGUUGAGCUGUCUUGGGUCUGUUCUCAGGCAGUUAAUGGUCUUUCAAAUGGAUGUUCAUCGUUUUGUGUUCGCACUGAAGGACAGGCUAGGUCCACAGUUACAGAAUAUCCCGUUACUGUAUCAAGGAACACCGGAACUCAGAGAGAUACUGGCCCUCUUUGAUAUCCAUUUAGAUUCUCCGCACGAGGCAUUGUCCACACGAGAGCUGCGGGCCCGCUUCGAAACAUUGGUAGAGAAUGUCUUUUCAGUCAUCGGCCACACUCGAUUAUUUGCCCUAUUUUUGGAUGAUCUACACGAAGCUGAUGAUUCGACUUUGGACGUAGUCUCGGCACUGAUCAACUCAAAGAGCAGGAUGCUGAUAUUUGUUACUCUGAGAUCUGAAAACAGUGAAAUUGUGGAACGUGUUCGCUUUAUGUUCAGUAAUCGCUCAAAGCCAACGUGGAUCAACGUCGAACCACUAUCUUGUUCCUCGAUUCUAACUCUAGUGUCUAAAACAUUGCAUCGCUCCAAAGAGGACUCCACUGCGUUGGCGCGUUUCAUCUUUUCCGCUUCAUCCGGGAACGCGUUUACCGCCAGAAGUCUACUGAUGACCCUCCAUCGACAACACCACAUAACUUUCAAUCAAACACACAAUUACUGGGACUAUAACAUGUCGGCCAUCGAAUCUACCAUGGUUGACCAGAAAUUAUCCGAUCCAACAGAUCUAAGCUUUCUAAUCGCCCAAUUUCGAGAGCUUCCUGAACCAGCGAGAAAAUAUCUUCUAUGGGCCGUUUUUUUCGGAGAAACUUGUAAAGUGGCUGAAGUGUCACUUAUGAUGGAUUGGGAAGACUCCAGCGGAAGCAGUGGAAGUGACGAUGAUGACACCACAAUAGGAAACCUUCGUAAAGCUCGUGAGAGCGGUAUGGGUGGCUCACGUGAUUCUAUGCGUGGACUUCAAACUGCGUUGGUGGAAGGAUGGAUAAUACAGAGAGCACGCGACAUGUGCAGCUUUGCUCACGACCGAUAUCGCCAGGCUGCUCAGGCUGAAGCGGACAACCUUCCUGAGGAGACUGUAGCGAAGAUGUCCCUGAGGAUUGUUUUAGCCAUGCUUCAUGAGACUCCGGUUGAUGUAUAUCGAAUCGCUGAACACGCUAAACGCUGCCUACCUCUUCUUCAUGAACAUCCUAAACGAGACGAACUGUUAGAUGUCCUCAUCGACGCAGGCGAAGCUGCAUGGGCUCGAGGAGCGCAUGAACUUGCCCUCCGCUCAUACUCAAGCGCACGGACCUUACUGGUAGAAAACCCUUGGAUGCAGAGACCUCAGAGGACAUUUGAGUUGUUUUCUAAACUGGCAUCUAGUUUAUCAACUUGGCGAGGAGAUUAUGCAACAUCAAACGCUUAUAUUCAAGAAUGCUUGGACCACACUGAAAAACCCGAGGAGAUAGCGAACCUCCUACGCUCCCAAUCCCAAAAUCACUGGAUGAGGAACAAUUUUACUGAAGCGCUCACCGAUACCCUCUCUGCUUUGAGACUUCUAGGGGUUGAGGUCAAUCCAGCGCCAACACGCAGAGACUCGGAUCGAAUGUUUGAGCGUGUCAAGAACGAAAUUCUUGCGGUCGGGUUUGAUUCAUUUCUCUCUAUACCGAAAGCUUCAGAUAAACGUACGGAAAUUGCAGUCAAGCUGCUAAACGAUGCCGGAACAAACGCUUAUUGGAGUCCGAGCCCCCUCGCCUUCGCGGACGUGAUAGGGCUCACAACUAUUCAUCAUGCUUUGAGAUGUGGUAUAACUCCAGGGACAGCUUUAGGUAUGUUUUGGGCGUUAGGAGGCGCUGCUGAGCGCAGGGAGUUGUACCGGUUUUCCGUUGGUCUUGGAAAGCUCGCGUUGCGCAUAGCUGAACUACACGGCAAUAGCAGUGAAAAAUGUCGUGCAAAUGUCCUAUUUUGUGCCAUGGUUUCUCCUUAUGAUAAUGUACACCUACGCACCAGUCUACCAAAGCUGGAGCAUGCAAUUAAAUAUGGGAACAGCGCGGGAGACCGCAUCUACACUAGUUUCGCAAGCUUGCAUAUGAUAUCAACUCGCCUCUAUGUUUGCGACCAUCUUAAUGAACUAGUCGCCGCCGCAGAAGAGACUGUAAACGACAUAAAAUUGUGGUCCCCCGGCGAUACUGUGUCACUUGCUCACGGGGUGCUAAACUGCAUUCGGGCCUUAGGAGGAUACACCUUUUCGAACUCAGCAAGUACCGCUUUUGACACAGAAAGCUUCAAGGAAAGCAAAUACUUAGAGCAUGUUCAAACCACAUCUGGGAAUAUACCGCUCGUCUUCAACUGGUAUAAUUCUUUCAAGGUCGUUGGCUGGUAUUGCUUAGGACACAUAAAAGAAGCAGCAGCGCUAGGUUUCCAAGUAUACGAAACGAGGGACAAGCACCCAAAUCAUAGGCAUAUUCGCUAUGGGUUAUUCUUCCACAGCUUAGCGAUGAUUGAUUGUAUAAGGCGAGGAAUUGUUAGUGAAACUGACCGGGAACUAUACCUCAAGCAAGUGAACAUCAAUCAAGAGUUCAUUAAGAAAUGGGUUUCUUCCAGUCCGAUUAAUACCAGCACAUGGGUGGCAAUAAUCGAAGCAGAAUUAGCCUCAGUGCUCAACGAUCCAGCCGCUUUCAAACUGUAUGAUGUUGCCGUCAAGCUUGCGGUAAAUAACGAUUGGCUCAUGGAGGAAGCUUGGGGCCUUUAUCUUCAAGGUUGUCAUUUUGUCAGAUCUGGAGUGGAGGGGCUCGGAAGUGAGCUUCAGCGUCGAGGGAUAUCUCGUCAUUCACAAUGGGGUGCUCAAGGAAUCGUCAAUCAUUUGAAUUCUGUAGUUGGGACUCGUUCCCACUAUAUGUUGAAGCGUCCGAUAUUCACAUCCGAUGUAGCGGUUCAAACUGACAGCACUGUUGGCCUGAGCUCUCGAUACGACGAUGCCAAAAUGGAUGCUGAAGAUGAACAGGAAACUUCCCUCCGCGCCUCGCACUUGAAUGCCAUCCUCAAGUGGAGCAAAGACAUUUCGAGCGAUAUCAACCUAUCCUCAGCCUUACAACGCUUAACUGAGAUCGCGACGGAAACGUCCGGUUCGCAGAACACGUGCGUUGUUAUUGCCCGCGAAGCUGGGGACUACACUGUCGCUACAAGUAUGGUGCCUCCUGAGCAGUGCCAGGUCUUUGAGAACCCUAAAUCAAUACGGAGUAUUGCCGAUCCCCUGCAGAAGGCAAUCAUCCAGAAUACGCUCAAUGCUAAAGAACGGAUGUAUUACGACGACGCCUCAACAGACCACCGCUUUUCAUCCGAAGCCGCGCAAUCCGUACAUCGCUCGGUCAUUUGCAUCCCCAUCUUCAGCAACCGCGGACAGACAUUUGGAGCUGUCUACGUAGCAUCCAAAUACGGCUUUUCCAAGAACAUCGUGACGAUUUUGACACUGUUGUGCCAGCAAGCUAGCAUCAGCAUCUCAAAUGCCCUAUUAUUCCGCUCGGUACAGGCAGGCACGAGGGAGAAUUUGAAGAUGAUUGCCGUGCAGAGGGACGCUUUGGAAGCUGCUAGGAAAAGCCGUGAAGACGCUCUCAAGGCGACCAAGAUCAAAAGCAAUUUCUUGGCCUCUAUGAGUCAUGAAUUGCGAACACCGUUCAGCUCAUUCUACGGCCUUUUGGAUCUCUUAAGUGGAACAGAACUAAACCCUGGACAAAGCGAAAUAGUCCAAACAGCCAAGCAGUCUUGCGAGCUCUUGCUCAAGAUCAUUGACUCUAUCUUAGACUACAGUAAACUCGAAGCAUCAGCCGUAAAGCUAGAGUUCAGUGGAUUUCUCGUCGAGAAUAUCAUCGCAGACUGUAUGGAACUUUUGCUACCGAUGGCUGCGAAAAAAUUAGAUCUAUCCUUCAAUAUCGAACCUGACGUUCCUGCUUGGGUAUACGCUGAUUAUCCGCGCAUUCGUCAAGUGUUGAUGAACCUGAUCGGAAAUGCUGUCAAGUUCACCGCGUCUGGCUCGGUCAAUGUCACUUGCUCAUUGGAGGGGAAUACUAACUUCCCAGUUCAAGAUGAAGUCCGCCUCAAGUUUCUGAUACAGGAUACGGGUAUUGGUUUAUCACCCAGCGAUGUGGACCUACUAUUUGUUCCUUUCCAGCAGGCAGAUAGCUCGACCACUAGGCGUUUUGGAGGCACUGGACUGGGACUGUCUAUCUCCAGGCAGCUCGUAAAGCUCAUGAACGGAGUCAUCGCCGUUGAGUCAGAACUCAAUGUCGGCUCCAAAUUCUGGUUCACUAUUCCGGUCAAAAUCUUCAAUUCUGAGGAAUCUCACAAGUAUCUGUAUGAUAUUGAGAACUUGAGGUCCAUCAUCAUGAAGCUUAGCCCCCCCCACAUCUUGGUGUGCUCCUCGUCUGUUACAACUCUAACACUCUUUAGCCACAUGUUCAGUGGUUUUUACGUCAAACCCGUCUCAUCUAUACAGGAUGCGGAGGCCUAUAUACGAAGCCUUACCGUCCCCAGUACCGCUCUCGAUUUCGUCGUGCUGGAUGAUCAAUCGGAGGAUCACGCCGAAAAUCUGGCGCAAUUCCUGCAAAACUCAACUUAUUCGAGUCUCCGUGAGACCAAGGUCAUCCAUUUGUACACGCCCACUACCCGCCUUUCCGGACGCGCGAUUUUCGGCCCUAGCACUGCUGGGGUUGUUAAGAUGACGAAACCGCCUCGUAAGGCGAAGAUGCUUCAAACUCUUGCUGGCCUGAUGAACCUCCCAAAUACUAUUACCGCUCAACCAACCUCAGAUGUUGCGACGGCCAUGGACGAGCUUGUCGCUGCCCAGAGGACGCUCUUCGGAAACGUGCUCAUAGCUGAAGGUCGCUUUGUGGCUUUGAUAUCGGAACGUUCCAUAAUUAACCAAGCCCUAGAUAACCCCAUCGCUCAGAAUCUACUCGUCAAGCAGCUUGAACGGUAUCAACUUAAUGUUGUGGCCACCAGUAAUGGGAAUGAAGCCAUCACUGAGUGGGAAUCCCACGAGCCGGGUUAUUUCAGUGUAGCCCUUUUUGACCAUCACAUGCCUAUAUGCGACGGCGUGGAGGCCGCGAAACGACUGAGAGUCUUGGAGAAGAGACGCAAGGCCUCGACUAUGUUACCAAUUGUUGCCCUCAGCGCGGACUGUCAAGAAUCGACGAAGCACCUAUGCUUGAGUGCCGGUAUGAACGCGUUCUUCAGCAAGCCUCUGAAAAAAGCUGACUUGAUGAUGCUACUGUCUAUGUUCGGGCAGCCCCCAAAGAUCUAA